ACGAACUUACUGGAGAAAGUUUGGUUUGGAGGGCUGUCUCAGUCAGCGAUUCGUGGGGCUUCAGUGCAGUUGUUACAAGUGCUGGAAGCUUCAUAUGAUGCAUCUGUUCAUUUUGUGGGCCAUUCUACUGGGUCCUCUUGUAACUGUGAAGGCUGAUUCAUGUUAUGCUCAAAGUAGCAAUCCAUACGUGCUGUUUUCUACAUACACGCCCUAUGAGUUUGUGCAUGGGAAUGCAGAGGACCCAGUGUACAUUCCUCAAUGUCAGCCUGUACAAUUCUGGAUUUUAUCUCGCCAUGGAACAAGAUACACAGAUGCCAUUGGUAUUAAUGACAUGUGGUCGCUUAUUUGUUUACGAGAUGAGAUCAUCACUAAUAUCAAGAAUGGACGAGGUAGAUUGUGUGCCCAGGAUGUGGACAAUCUCAAGAAGUGGACACCACAGGUUGUUCAAACUUUGUCAAUGAAUUUGACACCUCAGGGUUAUAAAGAUGCCUACAAUAUGGCACAGCGCUUCAAAUCUAGAUUCCCAACAUUGCUCAACCAGUCAUACAGCCCUGACAAAUUUGAGGUCCGAUUCACAAACACACAAAGAACUACACUUACUUCGUUUGCAUUUAUUGAUGGUAUAUUUGGCAGUACUGCUCAUGUGAUAUUACCUAAACCUAUAUCUGAUGAUCCUGUUCUUAGGCCAUCUAACUAUUGUGAUGACUGGAAAAAUGUAGUGCGUGAUAAUCCAGAUACAACAAAGGAGUACAGUACUUUUAAGAAGGGUCCUGAAAUGAAUGUAGUUAUACAGUCAGUCUCCAAUAGAUUGGGAUUUACCAGCUCAAUUAGUUAUGAUAAUCUGAGUAAAAUGUACACUAUUUGUCGAUUUGAAAAGGCAUGGCAUGUGGAUAGUGUCUCACCAUGGUGUGCUGCCUUCUCUGAGGAUGAACUUAAAGUAUUGGAAUACAAAGAAGAUCUAUCAGCUUAUUACAAGCAUGGCUAUGGCAGUGAUUUGAACAAGAAAGUUGGCUGUGUUUUAGUGAAAGAUUUCCUCGAUCGUUUCAGCAAACUGGAGAAUGGUGAAAAUCAGCCUGCUGGAGUGUUUUACUUCAGUCAUGACACGGAUAUGCAGUUGUUUCUCACCUCUCUUGGUGUGGCAAAAGAUUCGGAAACUCUCACUCAUUCAAACUACAAAUCAAUGGAAAACAGACUGUGGAGAACAUCCCUCCUUACACCAUUUGCAGCCAACUUUGCAGCCGUUUUCUUCAAAUGUGAUGGUGGCCGCUUUGGAGUACAGUUCUAUCUCCAAGAACAGUUGCUACGAAUUGAUGGCUGUGAGUCUGAUCUAGGGGAUCUAUGUGAUUGGGCAGCUAUUAAGAAGAAAUAUGGUUCUGUUUCUCAGAACUGUGAUCUGAGUUUCUGUUAGAAUGAUGAAGACAAUAUCGUUACUGUGAUCAGUAUAUUUUGGGGUGAUAAAUGUACCAAAGUCAAAACUUGUGAAUUUCAGCAAAAUGUUUUGUUUAAUUCUUAAUUUAGAACUGAAGAAGUAAUUUUUCAGGUUUGAAAAAUUAUAUCUAUUACUUUAUUAUAUUCCAACCAGGGCAGUGGUAACAGUAGCAUCUGCUGUACUGUUGUACUUUAAAAUUUCAUUGAAAUGUCUUUUUUUUAUGUUGGGAACAAAUGGUGCUUGUUUUCCAACUCUGUUAUUUAUUAACCCUGAGUUAGGGGCCAAAUUUUUGGUAAAUUUUUCAAAUGUAAUUGGGUUCUAGUUACCUUCCUGAUAUCCAUCUCUCUGUCUGUUUUUGUAAUGACAACUCCACUAUGAAAGAAAAUAUUGCAUUUUAAAUUUGAAAAUUUUAAUCUGUACUGAUAUUUGUGAUCUAAAAUAAAUUUUGAUAAGUAUUGGACAACAUGAGCUGGUCUCUUUUGAGCACUCAAACUUCUUUUGAAUACGUACACAACAUACAGUAUACAAUAUACAGAAUACAGUGUUCUUCUUAGAUUCAGAAAGAAUUUGCAGCCAUUAUUAGGAUGAUUUCUUUGAGCUACAUGUUGUUUUUAAGGCUGUCUGUAAAAUAUUAAUAUGUUUUUCACUGCAGCACAUAUACAGAAUUCACCUAUUUGUAAUUCUCUGCAUUUUGACAGUAUUCUUAAAUACAGCAUGAAAGGUUCACACUGUGAAAUACCAGAGAUUUCACUGUGUAAAAGGAGAUAGAAGUUUGUCAUGCAUAGUCAUUUGUAAUUGACAAGUAGCACUUGAAACUAAGUAUUUUGUUGUCCACUGCUUCUAUAUUUAUUGUUUGCAGAGUCAGUAUAGUUUAAUUACAACAGUAGGCUUUAAGCACCAAUAUAAAGUAAAAAAAGUAGAGAGAGAGACUGCGUAUGUGUACAUAGGGUGGCUGACACUUCUAGCAGUUGAAGAGGUUUAACAUCCAAGGUGGUGACUAUGAACAGUACUAUCUUCUGGGAUGUGAUUUUGUGUAGCACAGUAAAAGUUCAUUGAUAUUUCUCCAAAAUGUUUGUUAAUUCUACUGGACUACACAGUAUCACAUCCCACUCUGCCUGCCAUAUCUGUCCUCACACUCAAGAAUGUAUUGCCCAGGGGUCACCACGAGGUGGAGGAAACUGGGAAUUGCUGGUAAAGCCCUACUUAACAGGUGGUGUGCACCUACUGGCAUCAGUGCACCCCCACCAAAGCCAUUUGCCAGCCUUGGACCCCCAUGCUGUAUGUAGAUGUUGCUGACAAUGGGAGAUAGAGAACUUUUCAUAGCCAUGCUAUCUUUCUGUUGGAAGAACUUAACCACCUGAAAAUAUGUGGUUCUCAGGCAAACCUUCAGCAGCUCCAUGAUGGCUUCUACCUGCAAGACAGACCAUUCUGCCAGUAUGUCAUCAUUAUGGAGCUUAUUUCUGAUACCUGUAGAGUUUCAUCAACUGGUAUGUUAGUGAAAAGACAACUUCAAAGUGAAUGAGGGUAUUUGGAGAAUGAGAGUUUACA